AUGGGGUUCUUCCAUUUCUUGAAAACACAGCUUACUACAGCUUUGCAGGUCGAUUUGAGUGCUAUUUCUAACUAUUUAGAAAGUAAAGUUAGAAUCUUUAGUUCAAUUCUUCAAUUUUGUAAGCUCUGUUUUCUUGAACCAUUAAAGCGUUCUUCAGUGGUCACUCAUGAAUCAUUUGACAAGAAACAAGAAAAAGCUGUGUCUGUUUAUGAAAAGCCAAAACACAAGAAAACUAGCAGGGAUGAUAAUGAAUGGAGGUGUAUAGAUAACUGUUUUUGGAUAAUUGGAUUCUUGUGUAUAACUUGGUGGCUACUUUUAUUUCUAUGCAAUUUUUUGCCUGCUAUUUUGCCAGGUUUUAAAUUGGCUGAAUUACCUGGGAGUAGGCUAAAAAAUGAAGGGUUGAAUGCUCAUCACCCUGUUGUUUUGGUGCCUGGGAUUGUAACUGGUGGUCUUGAACUUUGGGAAGGCAAGCCUUGUUCUGAAGGAUUAUUUCGUAAGAGACUUUGGGGUGGUAGCUUUUCUGAAAUAUUCAAGAGGCCAUUAUGUUGGUUGGAGCACCUAUCUUUGGAUAAUGAAACUGGGCUUGAUCCACCGGGAAUUCGAGUACGUGCAGUUACAGGACUAGUAGCAGCUGAUUAUUUUGCUCCUGGCUAUUUUGUUUGGGCUAAUCUUAUUGAAAAUUUGGCAAAGAUUGGUUAUGAACAGAAGAAUAUGUAUAUGGCUUCUUAUGACUGGAGGCUAUCCUUCCAAAAUACAGAGAUCAGAGACCAAUCUCUGAGCAGGCUAAAGAGAAAAAUUGAGCUUUUGUAUGUUACAAAUGGCUACAAGAAAGUGGUGGCAGUGCCUCACUCAAUGGGUGUCAACUAUUUUCUCCACUUCCUUAAAUGGGUUGAAGCACCUACCCCUGUUGGAGGGGGUGGUGGACCAGGUUGGUGUGCCAAGCAUAUCAAAGCAAUCAUGAAUAUCGGUCCGGCAUUUCUUGGAGUACCAAAGGCUGUUGCUAAUAUAUUGUCUGCUGAGGGAAAAGAUGUUGCGUUUAUCAGAGCCAUGGCUCCUGGUCUGUUUAAUUUGGAGACAUUUGGUUUUCAAACAUUUCAACAUGUUAUGAGGGUAUUUCGAACAUGGGACUCUGUCAUUUCAUUGCUACCGAAAGGAGGAGAAACAGUCUGGGGCGAUCUGAAUAGGUCCCCAGAAGAAGAAAAUGUAUGUCAUUCAGCAAAGACACAAUACCUGCAUUACUCUUCAAAGGAGAACAACGGAAAUAAUACCGACCCUCGGAGAAGUAUCCAGGUAAAAGAACUGGCAAAAUAUGGAAGAUUAGUAUCAUUUGGGAAAGUAGCAUCUGAGAUACCUUCUUCACAACUCUCUUUUAUAGAUCCAAAGAAAAUCUUGAACGAAAGCAUGCCCACUUCCAGCACAUCAUGUGAAGACUUCUUGACAGAAUAUAACGGGCUGAGUCGGGAGAGCAUCAAGAGAGUGACUGAAAAUAAAGCUUACACGGCAAGAACUCUAAUAGAUCUUCUCAGGUUUGUAGCACCAAAGACGAUGCAGCGCGCUGAGGUACACUUCUCCCAUGGAUUAGCUGAUAACUUAGAAGACCCAAAGUAUAGUCAUUAUAAGUAUUGGUCAAAUCCACUUGAAACCAUCUUGCCAGAUGCUCCGGAUAUGGAGAUCUUCUGUUCAUAUGGAGUGGGAAUUCCCACUGAAAGAUCAUAUGUCUACAAGAUAUCACCUUCUGACAGAUGCAAGAGCAUUCCUAUUCAGAUUGAUAUCUCUGCAGAUGGAAGCGAUAAUGGUUGCUUGAGUGGUGGAGUAUACUUUGUCGAUGGAGAUGAGAGUGUACCAGUCGUGAGCGCUGGCUUCAUGUGUGCAAAAGGAUGGCGAGGCAAGACACGUUUCAACCCCUCAGGCAUCACUACUUAUAUAAGAGAAUACCAGCACAAGCCAGCAGCUAGUCUGCUAGAGGGGAGAGGCACAGAGAGUGGUGCCCAUGUUGACAUUCUGGGGAACUUUGCCUUGAUAGAAGAUGUUCUACGAGUUGCUGCUGGUGCCUCAGGUACAGAGUUAGGUGGUGAUAGAGUUUAUUCGGGUAUAAUGGAAAUGUCAGAACAGAUAGAUAUUCAGCUAUGACAUCAAAGAUAUUUUGAUACAUGGAUGAAGAACAAAGUAAAGGUCAGAGGAAAGAGUUAAAAAGAUGUGGGGUGUAAAUAUGAGUACAGUAGUGUUGUUACCAGAACUGCGGAACACAAUUCCGGAGAGGACUUGAAUGACUUGAGACACAGCCCCACGAAAGAAACACCGCAAAAUCAAGUUGGUAACUGGGGCACCGUCUGCAUUGAUUGUAAGUUUCUAACUCAAAAGAGUAGCAUUUCUGACUUAUGUAAAAUCUAAUUCUCAAAUUUCUAUAACCAAGUCGAGUUAAACUCUGGUCGCCUUAAAUUAUUUAGGUCUGAGGGGCGUUGCUGAGUGUCGCAACUUAUGCAAAUUUCUGUUACGGAUUUCAUUGACCUCAACUUAGUAACAUUUGCUGGGGCGUCACUUGUGAAAUUUAAAAUUCUGUUUAGCUAAGAACUACAAAAGCAGAGAAGAAAUAGAUGUUUGAAUAUCACUUCAAACGUUAACUGCUGAAGAAA